AACUCCUCCUGCUGUCAGCACACCCUCAUGCUUAUGUGCUCAAGUGCGUCUUUGGAUAGCCUAUAUAGAUUUUUGACGUGCUUUCUUGUAACCAGCCUAAAUAUGCUCGAACCACAUCAGCUGUUUGUGCAAAGUUCAUAAACCGGACUAUGAGGGAUGGAACUGCUUUGUCAUGAAAGUUUGAUAUGGUGUAAAUCCUCCCGUUCAAGUUCAUUCGCGUCCAAAUGAGGACACUUCACGAGCAGCGUUUCUGGAUAAUGGACACAUUUAAGCAGGAACGACAUCAGGGACUUUGUUUGUAACUCGAGCAGACACCGAGAAGAGAUCCUGUUGGAUGCGCUCAAGUUAAGUCUGUUGACCGAUUUUUCGUUAAAGGACGGAUUUAAUGCAAACAUUAAUGCGUUCGAGCGCGCGCGCGCGUGUGUGAGGUGCGGGACGCAGUGAAGCCGCAGGGUUGACCUGAUGCGCGCCCCCGAACAGGAACUCUUCCAUGCUCCUCAUCAGCCCAGUCUUGACCUUCCAGAUCUCAAACAGUGAGGCACACGCACUUAAGUUUUGAGCCACAUCAACGCACACAACUGGUCUCUUCAACACCUCGGUGGACUCAUGGGUACCGUACUGUCGCUUUCUCCGGGUCCUCGAAAACCGGGUUAUUAUGAGAACCGGCCCAGUUCUCUAAGCCAUUACCCGAGCCUGAGCAGCCGCUCGCUGAACACUCAAAAGGACCGCAACCUCAAACGCGGCCACUCCAUCUUCCUCCCCGCUCUCACCUGGAAACGCCUGGUGGCCUCCACCAAAAAGCGGGGCGAGUCCAAAAAAGCCUAUCCUGGAGGUCAAGGGGCCGUCGGGGCUCCUCUCAACAACAAUAACAUCUACCAGAAGGAUGCGGUAUUGCACCUCAACCGUGAAAAUGUGAAGAAGUCUCUCUCCUGCGCCAAUCUCACUAGCUAUGAUGGUCCUGCGGGGCUGGGGCUGGGCGUAGGGCUGGGUGUGGGAUACGGCAAACCGCAGCAGAUUUCCUCUGUUAAGAAGAUCGCACCUACCUGCACCUCCUCACCGAAGCGUGUGAUCGUCCAGGCCUCGACCAGCGAGCUGCUCCGCUGCCUGGGCGAGUUUCUGUGUAGCCGCUGCUAUCGGCUCAAGCACCUUUCCCCCGCCGAUCCGGUCUUGUGGCUCCGCGCUGUGGACCGCUCACUCUUGCUCCAGGGCUGGCAGGACCAGGCCUUCGUGACGCCGGCCAACGUGGUGUUUGUGUACAUGCUGUGCCGCGAUGUGGUGGAUGGUGACGUGGUGUCUUCAGAGCAUGAUCUCCAAGCAAUUCUUCUUACCUGCCUGUACCUGUCGUACUCCUACAUGGGGAACGAGAUCUCGUACCCGCUCAAGCCCUUCCUGGUGGAAGCGGCUAAAGAGGCAUUCUGGGACCGUUGCCUAGCCAUUAUUGACAUCACCAGUGCCAAGAUGCUGCGCAUCAACGCAGACCCACACUUCUUCACGCAGGUCUUUGCCGAUCUGAAGAGCGAAGGAGGCUGCGCUUUGCAGGACUACGCUAGAGUUCUGGAUCGGUGAAAAGAAGCAUGAGGCGAAUAGUCAUCACAAAUGCGACAGCUUCAACAUCUCACACCGUCAUUCCAUCAUUCUGGCCCCCUUCAUACGCCUUGUCACCUAACAUUAUGAGCCUUGUUUUUGACCGUUCUGCAAGACUCAGAAGCAACAUAUUUCUGCUGAGUAGAUCAGCUUAGAUCUGUGAGAAUGUCCAGGCUGGUGUAUGUUGGUUUGGUGCUGGUCGAACUGUUGAACUACACAGUCUUUUUGGUGUUUACGAAACCGAAAAUGGUUUGUGUUAUGUUCAUUCCUGCUCUUUGAGGGCCAACGUCCUGUAGAUUUUAGCUUCAACACACUUGCCUGGAAGUUUCUAGUGAGUUGGCUGACUUUGAUUUGCUGUUUCAGACAUUUGGAGUUAAAUUCUGCAGGACAGUGGUCCUCCAGGAACUAGCUUGGACACCCCUGUUCUAUGGCAUCACUGCAAAAACACCUUUUUUAAGAUUGUAAAGUGGAAAAAGGUUCUUCAGGUUAUGAAAAUGUUAUUUAUAAUGAGAAACAAUGGUUUGUUUGUAAAUCGUUCAGUAAAAGGUUGUUUGUGGAACUCAAAA